CGCUCGGAGUUUUCUAUGUAAAACCAAAACCCUAAGAAAAUUUUGUCAUUGGUUUGGUUCUCCUGCACGAUCGGAAUUCCAUGGCGAGCAGCUCACCUGAUCGCGAGGCGGAGGCGGCGGCGGCGGCGGCCGGCGAGGACGAAGACACCGGCGCUCAGAUCGCCCCCAUCGUCAACUUGUCGGAGGUGGCCGUCACCACCGGGGAGGAGGAAGAGGACGUCCUCCUCGACAUAAAGGCGAAGCUUUACCGGUUCGAUAGAGACGGGAACCAGUGGAAGGAACGGGGAACUGGAAACGUGAAGCUCUUGAAGCACCGGGAGACUGGAAAAGUGAGGUUGGUCAUGCGCCAGGCCAAAACCCUUAAGAUUUGCGCCAACCAUCUCGUUGUUCCGACCAUCAAAAUUCAGGAGCAUGCUGGGAAUGAUAAAUCUUGCGUGUGGCACGCGUCGGAUUUCGCCGAUGGGGAGUUGAAAGAUGAGUUGUUCAGCAUUCGGUUCGGCUCUGUGGAAAACCGCAAGAAAUUCAUGGAGAUGGUUGAAACCAUUGCUGAAUCCUCUGGAAAAGUUGAAGAGAAAGAUAGCAAGGAUGCAAGUGAUGCAGCUGGCCUCUUGGGCAAACUAAGCGUGGAUGAAACAGAAGCCGAAAAGGUUGCUCUUGCUAAGCCAGAAGAAAAAUCAGAAACAGAGACCAAAACUGAAUAACCUUCCAAGGAUUGACUGGAGUCCAGAGGCGCAAGAUCUUUGUCAGUGUAUGAAGUGGGAGUGGUUUAGUUCAUGGUUUGGUAAAUAUGCCUGUGGUUGAAUUCCUUUGGUUCUGCUGUUAUACAAACUUGGGAUUAUUUUUAGUUUGGCUUCCAAAAAAUUACUAUUUUGAUUCAGUUUAAUCGGUUUUUUUUAUUUUAAUUGUAAACUGUUUUUAUACCACUUAAAUAUUAAAUAUGAGACUACUUGAAUUUA